AUGGCCUCUUCCUCGUCGAACGUUGUUGGUGUGCACUACAGGGUAGGGAAGAAGAUUGGCGAGGGCUCAUUUGGCGUCAUUUUCGAGGGCACCAAUCUUUUGAAUAACCAGCAGGUAGCCAUCAAAUUUGAACCUCGGAAGAGCGAUGCGCCGCAAUUGCGAGACGAGUAUCGUACAUACAAGAUCCUUGUCGGCUGCCCUGGUAUUCCAAAUGUGUAUUAUUUCGGCCAGGAGGGCUUGCACAACAUACUGGUUAUAGAUCUACUGGGCCCCUCGCUAGAAGAUCUUUUCGAUCAUUGCAACCGCAGAUUUUCCAUCAAGACGGUGGUGAUGGUGGCGAAGCAGAUGCUUUCCCGUGUACAAACGAUCCACGAAAAAAACCUCAUAUAUCGAGACAUUAAACCCGAUAAUUUCCUAAUCGGUCGACCGGGCACCAAAGCAGCCAAUGUCAUUCAUGUAGUCGAUUUCGGCAUGGCGAAACAGUAUCGUGACCCCAAGACGAAGCAGCAUAUCCCAUACCGAGAGAGAAAGUCGUUGUCCGGGACCGCCCGCUACAUGAGCAUCAACACGCACCUUGGCCGUGAACAAUCACGUCGGGAUGAUCUUGAAGCCCUCGGUCACGUGUUCAUGUAUUUCCUACGGGGGGGACUGCCAUGGCAAGGCUUGAAGGCUGCAACAAACAAGCAAAAAUAUGAGAAGAUUGGCGAGAAGAAGCAAACGACGCCUAUCAAGGACCUCUGUGAAGGUUUCCCUGAGGAGUUUAGCAAGUACCUAACUUAUGUGAGGAAUCUUGGCUUCGAGGACACUCCCGACUAUGACUACUUGCGGGAACUCUUUACCCAGGCUUUGAAGAAUACCGGAGAAGUGGAGGAUGGUGAAUACGACUGGAUGAAGGUCAAUAAAGAGUCUUCGAAGGGCUGGGAUGCCAUGGCUAAGCCUGGACCGUAUCACAAUCCAAACAAGCAACCAGGCAUAUCUGCGCGAGAACUGCACAACCAAUCCCGCACGAACACCCCUGGUGGCCUAACUCACGAGCGUUUAAACGCCGCGCAGCCCCCACCUCCGUCUCCAGCGAGGCAGACGGACAAGCGCCGGCCAAACGCCCCCGGCGCCUUGACAGCGCAGCGAGGUAGCGCGGUGGGGGGUCUCCGGGAUAUGGCCACUCCAACCCCGUCGACUCAAGCUCAAUUCCAGAACAGCAAUCAAAACCUGCAAACGAGGAUGCCACCACAGCCUGUCCUCGGCGCGCCAGCCGCUGCUGGUAAUGCGAGAUCGGAACCUCCCCCAACGGGCUUCCAAAAAUUCAUGAAGGUUCUCUGCUGUGGUGAGUGA